GCCAGCCAUCAGUUGCUUUUCCAUGGAAUUCUUCUCAUUUCUGUUCGACCAGGGAAGCAGUUACCAUCGCCGGAGCUUGGAACAAAAUGACGUCGCUUCAUUUUUCGGGUCGUUAUUAAGUGAAAAAUUCUAAUCUAAAAUCACUAAUGUCUAGCUGUAAUAAAUACCGCUCAAACUGCUACUACUGCUGCUACUGAUGCUGCUGCCGCUACUGCUAUAAAUAGAUGCUGCUCGAGACAUGGCGGCUUCUAACGAUACCACCAGCCCCAUCGACGAGGGACUGCAGGACCUGGGGGUGCCAGUGCCAGUACAAACCUUUCUCUGGCAACAGAUUGCUCCCUUCAUCCGUCCAAAACUGGGCAAACUUCAUGAAGCUAGCUGCAUGUAUUGUCAACACGCACCUGGACAUCAUGAACUGAAAGAAGCUUGUAAGUCUUUCGAGAAAACGCUUGUUCAAAACAUGUUCUACGGCCUCUCACCAUCACUCGAUUCUGCACUAAAGUCCAUCCCCCGGUGGAGAUUGGUUCAAGCGGCACUACCACACGUAAUGCAUUGCGCUGGUGCCCUGAUGCAUAAUCGCGUGAAGGACUUACAAGCGUUGGGUGCUGCUGAAACCAAAAUUUUGUACACCUUGCACUGGAUUUUGUUGUUUGCUGCAGAAGAGUGCGCUGAUGAUGACAUGGAAGCCAACAAAGAUGUCAAAAAACAGCAGAAUUAUUUAUUUUCCAUACCAACUAUAUCGCUUUUUGUUUACUCGUUUGCUCCAAUCGCACACAUGCUUAAGGAAUCAGACUUUCAAAACAUCCGUCUAGAAAAUGGUCUCAAAAUGUGGCAAGGCAUGUGGGAGUAUCGGGCACCAAACGCGCCAUGUUUUACUGCACCAGUCAAGCCAAAAGCUCGAAACUUCCUGAACUCCAUUAGUACUACCCCCUCGGUAGAAGUGUUUUCCCCUAAAAAACUGGAAGGUGUACAUCAGGGCAUUGAUUCACCACCCAGCAUUUCGUUCUCGGACACUCCUAAGCAUGACGAUGAAAUGUCUUACGUUUCUUCGCCCAAGGACUCCGUAUUUCCGGAAACGAUCCCGGAAGAGGCCUCCAGUGUUGAGGAAGAACGUGUCGUAAUAUUUCAACUGCCAAUGGGAGUCAACACUACGGAUCCUUCUUUUUACACCGCCGACGCCAGCCUGUUGCACCAAUCGACAAGCCUAAGAGGAGCCAAGCCACCAGCCCAAAUACAUAGAGAACGGCCCGAGAAAAUAGCGACUAAAUUCGACUUUGACCGAAUUGAAACACUAAGUAGAGGCGACGAUUCCAAGCCCAAGACAAGCACCUCAACAGAACGCGAAUCCUUGGAGACAGAUCCUAAGUCUCCGCAGUGCACUAAAGGUGACGUUGCUGCUGCUACCUUUCUAGAUGUUGCCGUGCUACGCUGCUUAUUUAUUUCGCAUUGGCAAGAAGACGGAGUGUACUGGAGUUUGCAUUAUCUGAACAAUAGAUUACGCGACAUAAGUGAAGAGACAUCCAUACCUCCUUCCCAGCCUAGACGACGGUCUAAUUCACUGCCGAUUCCACAAAUAGAAAUUUCCUUAUACCAAGGACCAACUAGCAGCAAUCGGGAUAGUCCCAGCAUGGGAUCAAUAAACAAAGACUACAUUGAGGUACCAGAGCCACCAAUCAGUGCAUUACUAAUUGAUUCACCUUAUCAUGCGCCAAAAUCACAGAGCGACGAUCAGAGCACCCCAACAGCCGAGCGGAAGGGUAGUGAGAAAAAGCGUCGUGUUAAAAUGGCCGAUUUGAGAACGCUAAUCGAGACACGAAUUCUAUCGAAAUCAGACAGAGGAUUGGAGAAGAUCGGACUCGAGGUUACCAACGGAAAACGUCUACAGCAUCUGGAUUGUCACAGAAGCUUGGACACUGGAGAAAAACAUCUUUCUAGAUCUGCUUCCUUGAUAUCCCGCGCACCGUCAACAAAUCUAGUCAAAGGAAAAAGCAUGCCUAGCCUUAGCUGUCUUCUAGAUAGCGGGUCUCACAGGUACGUAGAGCCACCCAAGGUGAUAAAGAAUCCGCAGCCUCCCGUGAAUCCAAAAGCUCCCCAGUCGAUGCCGCGGUAUCCUAUCAUCACAGUGACUGAGCAUACGCCAACUCCGUCGCCAGACUACCUCAAACGACAGGGUUCGAUAGACAGUCAGUUGGAUGCUCUGAGUAUUGGAGGAAGUACGGGAAUAUUUAAAAGUCAAAUGUUACGAUCCCACACUGACUCGCACAUUGGGUAUAAUAGCGGAGCCGACGAAACCGAGGCUCCCGGAUCCAGUUUCUAUAUAACCAAAGAGGGCAGCAUCGAUUAUGAAAUAGUUCUCCUAGCAGUACACUGCGUUUUUAAACGCGAUUCCAACAUUUGCACAUUGCGGGUUUUGGAAACGGGUUUAAAUAUAUGUGAGUUACUGCUAGACUCGGGCGUGUUGAAGUUAGGAGAACACGCGCACACACUGUCUAUGGGUAUCGUCAAAAGAGCGCUACUACAUUUGGGUUGUCCACAUGGUUGCAACGAUGGUAAUCGAGUACCACCCGCGGAAGUAUUACGCACAGCUUGUCAUUCUAUACUAUCACGACUGCUACGGCAAGCCUCCAAGCUGUCCAAGGCUUAUCUGAGAAAUAUGAUAAGGACUACGCAACUGCACGAGUUGAUUGAAUUCUUCCAUGCCUUUGUUGGUUUUUGUGUUGAUCCUAGCUCCCUAUUAUCGCCUCUUAACCUUAAGAGACCAUCUGCCAUAAAAUCGUUGACCCCUGACUUUGGCGGUAUAUCAGGCGGCCAGGGUGGAUACGCAACCAACUUUGGUAGCGGCCUUAGCGGAGGUGCUGAGAGUCAGGUUAUUGCGGCGGUCUUCAAAACUUUAGUUAGCAGGUUCGUGGAUGCCCUAAAGGACCUUAAGGGGCAGGAAAAUGUUGCUCUAUACUGCGAUGUUCGCCAGCUCGUGACAUACGUCAAGGGUGCCCACGGAGGACCGUUUAGGCGGGUGGCCUUGAGCGGAAUACUGGCCGUUACACCACGACCACACAAGCAAGCCCCCAAUAUGCAAACAACUCGUGUCAUCAGGCAUAUCCCUGCAAAUGACAUUCAAUCAUAUCAACAAGACGAAAAGAAUCAACGAAAACUGUUAUUUAAGAAAAAAAGCACAUCAUCCACAUGUGCCUUUGUACCGCUGUUAUUACAGAGCCUAUUGGAGACCGAAGGAUUAGAGGAACAUUGUCGGAUUAGCCAGAGCCCGCUAAGUAAUAUUCGCCGGAAGGGUGCGCCACCUAGACCUACCUUAACGCCAAGACACAGCGAAAGAGCGUUACUAUCGGAUUCAACUUCAAGUUCCGAACGCAACUCUGUUGGACGACUUAGCGGAAUAGUUCGCUGGUUUCGAGGUUCAAAAGACAGAGAAUCUAUUGAUUUAGAAUCGGGUCCAAUUGGUAGUUCGGAGAUAACGACUUCUUUCAUGCGGAAAGGGUCACUGAACUUUCAGGCACGUGCUCGCGCUACCGAAGGAAUUGGACGUUCGAUUCAACGGGCCCGCAGACGCGUCGAACGCCGAUUAAAUCGCUUUGGAAUUGGCAAAGGGAAAAAGAAGAUGGGUGGAACAGAGGAUGUAUCUGGAAGCUACUUUAGUCGCCGAAGUUCUUUCGAUACUGCCGAAGGUCCUCGUGAAUCGGAGGUGGUUGUUUUGAAGGAACGGCGCCUAAUACCAAUGAAUCCAGUUCGUGAAGGGAUGGCUAGAUUUUCUUUCUUGCUGGAGACAUGUGCUCCUGGAUCGAUUCCCGAUCCACCGUUGAUUGCUGCUUUGCUUGAUCUACCCCAAGCACCAAUUGUUGCACGUGCUGCUCUCCUUAUGGAGUGCGCUCAUUUUGUUCAUUUGUGUAACCGCGGCCAGUGGCCUAGUUGGAUGAAACAGAACAUCCCAUCAUUUAGACCUUCCGGCCCUGCGCUAGGAAAUCGUACGUCUCUGGCUGCCGGAGUUCGCCGAAUUCAUAUACUGCAACGAGCUGCAGGAAAGAUGUUUCAUCAGUGGGGUGAAGCAUUGGGAUUUAGGCUGGAUGACAUGCUGAACAACGAAAAGAAGACAUUUGAUCAAAUUUCCGCCAACUUAUCGGAUCUAGACAAACAAAAACAACUGUUGCAGCAAGAUGAAGAAGAAGAUUUCCUCGAUGAAAUGAGCGUGAAUCCGCACGGAAAUGACUGUCCUCCGGCAUUAAAGUUGGUGGCGUGUAUGUUGCUCAUGGAAAUUACCGGUUUCCUGAGAGAAACGUACCAAACACUACCGAAAAUAUCCAGACUGUCAACCAAAGAAAAACAAGUUCCGUGGGAUAAAGUGUGCCGUGAAACAAAUCGUCGCUGGUCUAUGGCAUUGAGUUCAAUGGGACACUCGCAAACUUCUGCCCAAAGCUUGCAGUCGAUCGCUGGUCAAGCUGAACGCAAAAUAUCGUUCGUUCUCCAGGAGCCGGACAAUGAGUCCGAAGGUAGUAGCAACACAACAUUAACAAUACAAGGCGAGGAAGUCGUACAACAAGCCCAAAAGCGAUCCAUCACUACUACGAGAAACUUCCUUUUAAGACGUGGAACUUCCACAACUCCUGCUGGCGGCUCUUUCAAACGACGGUCUUUGAAACUGAGGCGUGGUGCCAAGGAUUUAAAGGAUAAUGAUGAUUAUCCCGUUCGACGGACAGAUUCCAUACAGUCCCGCCGAAAGGUGUCAUCUUUGUCCGACCGCAGUGACAACUCUGAACCAGGACAAGUCAGUGGCGGCGAAGAAUCACCGGGCAUUUUGAGUGAUGAUCAACCACCGGAAUCGCCUUGUGAUUCCAACGAUUCCGAUGAAACAGCGAAAAAUCUUCCGUGGUUGCGUUCUGUUACGGCGUUCUUAAACUCUUUCAACUACUAUUGUGAUCAUCAAAACUUCUGUCAUCCGUAUUGCUAUCGGAGACACAUGCGAGGAGCGACUCGUCUGGUGAAGGCCGUUCGAAAGAUUUAUGGUGAGGAAUUCGGCUUAUUACCGAUGGCAUUCAAUAGCAUGGCAGAUUCUGGCAAGAAUAAUACGCGCCGAGAUCGCCCUAAGCAAGGACGCAAAGUAUCCGAUCAAAGCUCUUCACUAACGUCGCCUUCGCGACGAAAGGAUAGUAUUACCAAGCGUGACAGAAUAAUUCAAGACGACUCAGAACCCAAUACUUCGCAAUACUCUCAACGAAUAGAUGAAAACAAAAAAAUGCAGGAACCAGCACUGAUCUUGAAAUAUUUGAAAAAUCAUGUCCGUGAUAUGUUUCACGUGCCGAUUUGCACUCUUGUCAAGGGUGCCGCAGUCUUAACAGAAGAACAAUUUAUAGACAUUACUCCCGUGGCAUGGGAACUUCUUCUCGAAUCAAAUCAGGAAGUGUCCGCUGCGUCUGCAGCCCUGUUUAUUUUGGCUUCAGUGAAGGCUCCUACCACGGCGUCAGAGCUAAUGCAACGAGCCUUGAAGCAUAAGAAUCCUAACAUCCGAAUUGAAGCGAUGCUACGUUAUCAGGUGCUUUGGAAGAAUCGUUUUCAGGUGUGGCCUAGAAUGGAGGAGGGAGCUCAUUUGUCUUUCAAGGUACCACCACCUGGAAUAGAAUUUACUCUUCCUUCCCCUAAAAUUGGCAUAGAAAGUUUGCCUGUUGUUGAUCCUCCCUGGAGCCCCCGACAGCAGAACAAAGAUAUGGAAGUUACUCUCAACCAGGAAAGACAUCGAUCUUUAGUGACAGCAACAAAAACACGCAAAAAGCAGCAAACUGAAGCCAUCCGCCACGCCAUUCAACAACAGGAAGACAAACAACGUUCUGAAAGGCAAAGCUUCCUUAUAACAACAAUCCCACUGACACAGCAGGCAGCAUACGAGCCAGGCCUCGAUCACGGCCCUGGCGAGGAUCAUAUCGAAGAGGAAGAGGAUGGUGCCCGAUCAGCGAUUCAUAUGCACGCCGCCCACUCUGUCUUCCCCUCGUGCUUGUGUUCCUCGGUAAUGCAAAUCGUUGCCUGUCUCGAUGAUGCCGCUGUGAACGCAGACGGCUGCUCGGUUUAUGAGACGGCUUAUCAGGUAAUCUGGGUUUGUUUGGUGGAGGACUCCGCCCUCUUUUUACGCUACGUUCUCGAGAGACUGACCAGGGAUCAUCAGGACCAAAUGUUCAAGCUGUUGAGACAUUUAAUCAGAUUCGUGCCCAGGUUACCGCAACAAGCAGCGUUUGCCCUAUACAACUACAUCAUUGGAUACGUUAUGUUCUACGUGCGUUCCACACACGAAUGCAGCCAGCAGUUGGUAGGUUCAGCUCUCUCGGUGCUAUGGAUGAUAGUUCACAGUGUGCACGGAAUCAUGUUCAAGGAUUUGAAGCAGAUUCUUCGGAAGGAGCAAUGUGACGCAUCUAUUAUGUUAACGGCAAAUGUUCCGUCAGCCAAAAAAAUCGUAGUUCACGGACCAGAAGACGAAGGUGGAAUCCCAUCCCAAUUUCCGGUGCAAGAAGAUACCCAAUUUACACAGCUUUUGACGGAGUCACUGGAUUUUUUCGGAAUCGAUGAGAAAAAGUUCAAUCAGUUUCAACUGGUAGAUUACAAAACCCACCAAAUACUGAAUCCCAACUGGUAUGUGAGGGAUUUAUAUUUCUUCAAACGGUCGCAAUAUCCACAGCUGCGGUUGUUGGAGAUGAAACCCGAAGAAGCAUUCAACGCUUUGCAAAGGCAAGAGCUGUACAAAAAGUUUGUUGAAAUCGGAAAAGUUCAUCUCACUUGGGCCAUUUUAAAGAAUGUCGAUAUGGUGGUACAGCGAGUGGUGUUUCUACACGAGGAACUGAUGAAGCUUCCGUCAUUUCCGCGGAAAGCCUUGGAAGUUGACUUGGACUUACAUCAAGGUGGCGAGCUCGGUAAAGAACUAUUAGGUCUAGACGUACUGCACAAAUUCAUGUGGGUGCGUUUGAUAGCUCGAAUGUUCGAAGCAAUGGCUGGCAACUUUGCCUACUCGGCGGAUAUCCAGUUGUUUUUGAACGUACUCUCGGGAGCUGCUCUUCUGCAUUCGGAAGAUUCGUGUAUAAUGCGCUAUGUCACGGCUACAUUCAUCAAUGCAGCAUUCAAUUUCAAAAAUAUAUUUUCUACGAAUGGGUAUUUUAUGAUAAUGCCAACCCUUUUGCAAGUUUAUUCCCUGCAUCAAACCAACAAACUGGUCACAACAACAAUCGAAUAUGCGGUCAAACAAUUCUAUCUACUAAAUCGAAAACCAUUCAUUCUGCAGAUGUUUGGAUCAGUUUCCGCUAUAUUGGACACUGAUGAAGACGGUGCGUAUGGCGAGGCACAUAAAGUACAAUCCAGUUGUUUGUUCAAUCUAUUGCUGAGCUUAGAAACUCCAUCGCCAGAUCCACUGAAUAUCGCGGAACUCGUUAAGGAAUCCAAACCGCUUAAAGCUAUUGAUUUCUGUUAUCAUGAUGAAGAUGAAAUGGUGACUGUUUUGGACUGCAUUACCCUGUGUGUCAUGGUGGUAUCUUAUUCUGCAGAAAGUACUAGAGGAUAUCAAAUGUUGAUAAUUUUGGAAGCUAUUCUACCAUGCUACAUGCAACAAAUUCAAUCCCCCAGUUACGUUCCUUUGGAAGGAAAAUGCGAGCGUGAUAUUAUAUUACAAUUGGCGGUUGCUAUAAGAACAAUGGUACACAACUGCGAAGGUCUUUCCAAGAGUUACAAUGGCCCCUUCCGGAAUAGUCCUGAGCACAAGGGUUCCAGCCAAAGAAACUGUUCCCGUGGUCCACCUUGCUCACCGGGUCUGGAUUUUGAUGAAGAAUCACACUCGAAGUAUGUUAGCGAUGUGGGUCGUACGAAAAUUAUAAAUGAAUCCGUCGAAGAUUCGGAAACUAUCCGUGCUGAGUUUCGGCGUCCUCGUGAUGUCUUGCUGUCCGUGGUCGGGGAAUUUAUAACACGCGCUUCUACUCGUUUGAAUGAAAUCGCACGGAAACAGGGAGAGGGAAAGCCAGUUGAGCUUCUAGAUGUCAAAUGUCACGUUCGUCUAGCGGAAAUCGCUCACUCCCUGCUGAAGGUGUCACCCUACGAUCCGGAGUCUAUGGCUUGCCGUGGAUUACAACGAUACAUGCAGUUUCUAUUUCCCAAAGCUGAGUGGGCAGAUGAUCAUGGCAUGAAACCUGCACUGGUUACUAUUCUGAGAAGACUGGAUAAGGUGUUUUUGAAAAUUUCAAAGAAAACUUCCAUUCGACGCAAUACCGACUGGGAAGCAGCUGCAGGGCUCUUGAAAGGGGUGUACGAGGCAAUUGUCCGUUAUCCACAUGUGCUCCAUUGGCGUGAAAUGAAAGCUUUUCUCACGACAGUUCAAAACUUGAUAGUAAAUGAGCCAGGAAACUUUUUAGAAGGUGUAUCAAGUGCUGGAGCUGCACUUAUGUCGAAAAGCCCACCUCCGUUUUUCUGUUCUCAGGUUGUGCGUUUAGUUGCACUUCAAGUUGUUAGUCCUGCGGACUCAUUAUCAUUAGGGCUGGAGCAAAUAUGUGGAGGAAGUGUGGAAUUUCCAACUCAGGAAAAGGCCGAAAGAUUUAUGAUGCAUCUGUUAAUGCCACUGUGCCUCAAAGUGUGCAGUGGAAGAAGCAUUUCCGAUAUUGGAGAGCUAAAGCAAUCAGAUGUAUCGUUUCUGGUCACCGCCGUUCUAAAUGCAAUGAGCCCCGUGGCAGGAAGAACCACUCAAUCAGGUGUUCAAAGUAAUCGCACAGGAGCCGAUAUUAGGGCCGGUUCGCUGACUUUUACUGGAAGUCGUGAUGCAAAAAGACCAGCCAAAAUAUCAACUUCGCUCUAUCAAGCCACAUUUCUAGCGCUACGUGUGCUUUGCAUUUGCUUCGAACCUAGACUGGCUAACGAAUGGCCUCGUAUUGUGCGAGUCAUGCGAGACUUGGGACGGCGUAAUGAAGCUGCUCCUGAGCUUUGGAGCUUUCUAGAAUUUGUUGUUACCCAGAGAACACCGCUUUACAUCGUGCUUAUGCCAUUUAUUCUUCACAAGAUAUCACAACCCCCGAUCGGAGAUCAUGAGAGGCACAUGCAAUUUUUAAUACGAGAGCGAAUGCGAGGAAUGCCACCAACAGGAGGCGUAAAAUCGAGGGGUGCCAUUUUACUUGAGCUUGCCAGAGAAAUAAGAGAUUUGCGGGAGGAACUGGAGGAGAAAAGAUACGAUCGAGAACCUCCACCAGCAGAAUCAGCGAGACGAGAAGUUCCGAACGUAUCUUUACCACAGGAACCCCCGAAACAUCAGCAACGACCAUCACUGAUUUCCAUGUUCACAGGAGGUCCUCAAGCUCCAAGUUUUUCAUCCUACCAACAAGAUUCGAGAAGCGGAACCGGAGUUUGUACACCUAGUGAUACUCUUUCUCAGCAAACGCUUCACGCUCCUAGAGGCGAGUCUUUAUCCAGCUCUACAACCACAACGAACAAAGAAAUUAUGAUGGCCGACAGUCAGAGCGGUGAUGGCAUAACACUAACACCCGGGAUUGUUCCAGAGGGGUCAAUCAUACGACAGGGUCCUUUGUCUAGCAUUUUAACAGAAAGUGGAAGUUAUCCUCACCUAACACACUCCAUCUCGAUGCAAACAUCAAGCAAGGUGCAACCUCCGAAACUGCGUUUUGUCUCAUCAGUAGAAUUCAAAACGUCAUCGGGUGAGACAGCCACCACUCCUCUCUCCCCGGAUAGCUUGGCAGAUGACAGCUCAGGGGAGAAUCAGAAACACCGCCUACAGCGCUCAAGGGCCCAAAGCAGAAAGACUUUCCGCUGUCGUCGUGGUACAACUCGUUCCAAUAAUCAUAGUAUCGAGUCGCAUCCGCCACCAACGGUGACUGCGGUUGUUGGCGGAAGUCUGCCCCAUCCCGUACCAGGUGAACCGCAUGAACUAAUCAACAAAAAUAUUACAGCUAUCGGAGAUCUCUCGUGGGACUCCGUUUCUCAAACGUCGUCCACCUCCGGAUACCGUGACAAUUACAGUCUGCAAACAGGGUUACUCUCACCGGACGGUUCCCUUACCGGGGCCGCCCUAGGAGGCCGUUCGUCCUCACAGCACUCGUUGCUGAUGCUUUUUGAAACCCAGGACGAAGAUACAUUGAUUUAAGCUAUUUUAGAUGCAUAAUCGCACUUGUCUGUGUUUUAAGAACGAUUUUAAACGCAAGUUUUAACCAUUAACUGUAAACUUACUUGUAACAAUCGUCGAGUGAGUAGAAAUGAAAUGUAACUAAAAACUUAACUGGUGCCAUACUGCUUUUCUGUGCAAAUUGAUUUUACUGAUUUGUUCAAACGAACGCGAACAUUUCAAAUAGAGCGAGAUGAAAGUUUUUUUUUUGUAAUACUGACAUCAAUUUUCAUUCAAUCAACAGUCACCAUUUAGAAUUUUUCACAAAGUAGUAACAAACUGAUCAUGAUUGCAUUGUCAGAAAGCCACUGCUAGUUCUCACUACUAACACUUAAUUAAUGGGCACAGGACGGCAGUACAAAACAAGGCGUAGAUUAUUGAUGCUUUUAAUGUGUGAUAAUAAUGUUAAAUCUUUCAGUUAACAUCAAGGAGACAUGUUUUAACAAUACAAACAAUUAAUUUUAGGAAUAGUUUUAAAUGCAUAACUGUUAAUCUUAUGAUAUGAAUAGCGCACAAAGCAAGGCGUUGCAUGUAACAACAGUAUUUAUUAGAAAGAGACGUAAAUGAAUGCCAAACUAAACGAAUGCAAAUUCAGAAAAUUACUGGUUAACGAUGAUAGUUUAAGUAAUGAAUCCCACACGAACAUUUUAAUACUAGGUUUUAUAUCCAAAUGAUUCGUUGAAUGAAAUUACAACAAUAAUUACGAAUACUCACUUAGUAACACUACGUUUAUAUUGAAUGUAUUUAGAGAAAUGAAAUAUAUAGUUAACUGUUACUUGUAUGUAGUAGACGUUGUUGUAGGCAUUGUUUAAUCCAUUUUGAAUUGAACAGGGCAACAGAUAUGCAGAGAUAAGCAAGCGACAGUUUGAAUUGUAUUUUGCCCUACGCGAAAACAAAUGAUUUGAGCGGACGGCCGAAGAUGUUGAUAAAACGAUUUAAAGUAGUUUCACCAAACACACAAACAGGAAUGUUAACGAGCCAAAUGUUUCAUCAUAUGAUGUUAGUACAUAUGAGCAGAUGCCAACAGAAUAAAUCAUCGAAAAUUUAUGCAAACCCACAACUAAUAAUCACGAUACUAAAUGUUUGAAGCCAAAACAAAGUGAAUGGUAGCAAAUAAGUAGCGUUAGUAGUCUAAUAAUGUUCACGCAUUGUAUUCUCUUAACCGAGAUUUUAUUUUACUAGGUUUAUAAAUCUAUAGCAAGUAAAACGAAUCAGUUGAAUUGAUACUUUUGAAGAGUACUUAAGUUGUAGUAAAAAUGCUGGCGCUCAUUGGUAUCAGUGUAACUAAUAAGCCCAUUCUGAAUAAACUAAACCCCCAUGCUUAUGCGCUUAUGUUGAAAUGUUACCUGAAAAAUUAAUUCAAUGUUCGAUAUUUAACUCUUUGAUGCAAAGUGUUGAAAGCACCCCGUGAGUAAGCACGAUUAAACAUUUAUUAUCCACCAGACCACCACCAAUAAUUAUUAAAGUUAAUUCAAUUCAUUAGAAAUAUUAAAAUUGCAUGUUGCAGUGUUGCAAAAUUCAAUAUAAAACGAAUAUUUAAAAAUUUAAAAAAAAAUGAAUCAGUUAACUCUGAGCUGAACCCUUUACCGAUUAUCGAUAAAGCAGUACGACGUUUCUAUAAAUAAAACAACGUACGCAGUAUUAUGCGAGAGCUAAUUGGCUGCGUACUUUGGAUUAUCUAGCUUUGAUGCAAUCUUUUUGCAUCUUCUAUUACAGUGGAGAACUCUUUUCCAUACUCGCAAUCCAUACGAAUUCAAACAGUAAUAAUGUACCAUCAUAAACAACCGUGGACAACCGUAAUAAGAACUGUUCGGCCCCAUUAGACUUAAGAUAAAUUGCAACCGUAGAAGUGUGAAACCUGCACGAGCAACUGCAGCAAAAAACAUUGAUACCAAACCACCAUAUAUACCAAUGAUAAAUACACAAUAACCUUUAGCAUAUAUGGUCAUGAUAGUCUGAAUUCAAUGUGAUAGAAAAUAACGGUAAUUGUUGAUGUUACUGCAUUGCGCACGAUGAAUAUCUCGCAAUAAUUGUUUACGUAAUGUGUUUUACAUUCAAAUCAGGCAACCAAUUCACGCUUCCACUGUUCAAACCAACCCAACAAGAAAUAUAAAUGUUUGUGAUUACCA